AUAGGCUGCCACCCCAGAUAUUGACAUUGCUUUUGAGGCCUAUAUAAGCUCGUGGAAUCCCCAGCACAGGCAAAUUUUUCAGUUUAUUCUCGACCACAAUUAUUGCAUAGAUCUUUACUUGUGAUCGUAUCUUUACAUAGCCUAUAUAUUCACACGUUACAUUACAAUGGACAGACUCCAACAGUUAAGCGGACAAUUAUCUCCCUCAUCCAAGCAAUCUCUUUUGCAAAAGAACCCAGACGAUGUGGUUAUCGUCGCUGCCUACAGAACUGCCUUGACCAAGGGUGGUAGAGGUAAGUUCAAGGACGUAGGUUCCGACUACCUUUUGACUGAGUUGUUGAAGGGAUUCAUCAAAAAGACCGGUGUCGACGUCAACUUGAUCGAAGAUGUUGCCUGUGGUAACGUUUUGAACAGAGCUGCCGGUGCCUUUGAACACAGAGGUGCCUCUUUGGCUGCUGGUAUCCCAUACACCUCUGGUUUCAUCGCCCUUAACAGACAGUGUUCUUCUGGUUUGAUGGCCAUCUCGGAAAUCGCAAACAAGAUCAAGGCUGGUGAAAUCGACUGUGGUAUCGCAGCCGGUUCCGAAUCCAUGUCCAUCAACUAUGGUCCAAACUCGUUGCCAAAUCUCACUCCAGCUUUGCAAGAUAACCCAGAAAUGCAAAAAUGUUUAAUUCCUAUGGGUAUAACCAACGAAAACGUUGUCAAGAAGUACAACAUUUCCAGACAAAAGCAAGAUGAAUUCGCUGCUAACUCCUACAACAAGGCUGAAAGGGCCGUUUCCUCUGGUGCUUUCAAGGACGAAAUCAUUCCUAUUGAAACUAUCAUUGCUGAAGAAGAUGACGACGACAAUAUUGUGUACAGAAAGGAAAUCGUCGACACCGACGAAGGUCCAAGAAAGGGUGUCACUGCCCAAUCUUUGGCUAAGUUGAAGCCAGCCUUCGCUGCUGACGGUACCACCCACGCCGGUAACGCCUCUCAAAUCACUGACGGUGCUGCUGUCGUCUUGUUGAUGAGAAGAUCUUUGGCUGAAGCCAAGGGCUACCCAAUCGAAGGUAAGUUUGUGUUGUGCUCUGCCGUCGGUGUUCCUCCAGAAAUCAUGGGUGUUGGUCCAGCUGUUGCCAUCCCAACCGUCUUGAAGAAGGCUGGUUUGACUGUCAGCGACAUUGAUGUUUUCGAAAUUAACGAAGCCUUUGCUGGCCAAUGUCUUUACUCUGCUGAAGCUUGCAACAUCCCCCUUGAUAGAUUGAACAUCAACGGUGGUGCCAUUGCUCUCGGUCAUCCAUUGGGUACCACUGGUGCUAGACAAUACGCAACCAUCUUGAGAUUGUUGAAGAAGGGUGAGUUCGGUUUGACUUCUAUGUGUAUCGGUACUGGUAUGGGUGCUGCCUCUAUCUUGGUCAAGGAAUAAUCGGGCGAAAGUCAAUGUCCAAAGUCAUGAUUCUAGUUCGAAGGUUUCGUUGAUUGAAACUUGCUUGUUAAGUUUAUAUUUAUAUACAUUGCAAAAUGAAUGGAAAAUAGC